CCCCGCCCCGGGAGGAGGAAUUCGACAAAAAGGAUUCCUCCGAGACCGCCAGCGUGCCCCGUUCACCCCCGCCCCCGGACGAGGAAUUCGACAAAAAGGAUUCCUCCUCCUCCUCCUCGUCAGAUGAGGAGGCUGGAGCGCGGGAUCACAUGCCUCUGCCGCCGGCGGCGCCGCCGGGCAUGCUCGAGUCCCUGGCCGUAUUCAUCAUCAAAGCGGUGGCGUUCCAGGUGAGCGCGCUCAUCGCCUUCAUCACCUUCCCGGUGCGGCUGCUGCAGUGGUGGUACCUCUUCGUCACCGACCCGGUGGGCUCGGCGCGGCGGGCGCACGACUGGGCGCUCGGGGCGGUGGGGCAGGCCACCGGCGCGGUGGCCGCGCAGCUCGGGGGCGGCGAGGGCGUGGGGCGCGUGGCCGGGAGGCUGGCGUGGGGGUCGCUCUGGGCCGUGUACGUCUGCGUGGUCCUCUGCGCGCUGCUCAUCAUGGCGUUCCUCGGAGGGGGGCUGCUGGUGGGGAAGAUGGUGGAGGAGCCCGUUCAGGUGACGGAGACUCUGAAUUUUGAUUACACCAAGCCGAGCCCUGUGGCGUUCGUGCCCGUGCGGCGGUUGGUGCCGCCGCAUCAGCGGAUGCAGCUCGAGGUGUCGCUCACGCUGCCUGAGUCGGAUUACAACAGGAGGCUGGGCGUUUUCCAGGUAAGGGCAGAGUUUCUAUCUGCAAAUGGAAAAGUGGUCUCUGCGACGAGCCACCCAUGCAUGCUGAAGUUCAAGAGUGUCCACAUGCAUUUCAUAGAAACUUUUUUCCAGAGUUUUUCUCUAUUGACGGGCUACUCGUCAGAAUCCCAGGUCAUCAGACUAAAAAUGAGCGGUAUCAAGGAGGCUUUUGAACCAAUAACAGGAGUGACGAUAAUGCUGGAGCAGCGAGCCGAGUUUAGUCCUGGUGCAGGCAUCCCGGAGAUAUAUGCUGCAUCGCUAUUGCUCGAGGCCGAGCUUCCUCUGAUCAAGAGAAUACUCUGGAACUGGAGGUGGACUCUUUUUGUUUGGAGCAGCAUGGGGUUCUUCGUUUUUGAGUUGUUGUUUGCCCUUGUUUGUUGUAGAACUUGUAUAUUUCCCAGGGGUGGGCAUCAUGCUGUAGCUCCUUAGGGGCAGCUCAUGUAAUGUACGCUUCGAAAUAAAUGCAAAGAUGGUGUCACGGUCGACUACUAAUCA